AUGGCAUACCAGUUGUCUUAUGUGACUGCCGCCUGGCAGGAGGCUCCAUUUAUGCGCUCAAUCUCGCCGACAAUUUGCCGCGAGGACCUCCUUGUUGCAGCGGGCUACAGCCGCGACGCACGCAUGCACAUUUUUGCCAGCCAACACUAUUGGGCACUAGCGAGGGGCCAGACCGUUCAGUUCCGAACAGGACAGAGCUUUGCAAUUGUGCCCUACGGUGUCCACCAUGCGCAUGGAACAGACCUUGUUACCAUGCUUGAACGUACGGACGGCUGGGACUUGGAUGCUUCGGUGCCCGAGCAGGACGACUUACGCUUCUGGGUCCUAGCAGACACCACUUCAGCAAGUGUUCCAGCUCCAGACCGGCCCAGUUUGCAAUUACGCCGGGUGCUGUCAGACCUUCUGGAGUGCCCGCCACAGGCGCUCACCAUCAGAGCCACCGACCCGCGCAUAUCCGACUACAGCUCGCAGGGACGCAGACACUGUGCCGUUCUUGUUGCUACACAGACUAUACAGCGACCGCCGCCAAGGCCACCUAUCAGGCCUAUUGUUGUCCUUGAUCUCAGGCCGCUUUUGCAGGAACUAGAAUGGUUCCGCCCCCUCACUAAUGUGAUCACACUGCAGCCCCUCCUCGAUCGCUUCCAGGACGGAUGCCCUCCCGGCUACACAGUCUCGGUCAAGGGAGGCCACCUCGAGGCUCCGGAAGGCAACCCCCAAAUCCGUCUUGUUGAUGGACAGGUCCUAGUCAUCGAAUUUUUGGAGGAUUUCUUCGAAGAGGCUCCUAUCCUCCAUGUAGACGAGUUGGAUGUCGACGAAGAUACUGCCUCCGAAGGGGACCAUCCAGCGCAGGACACACUCAGUGUCAGAAGCCGCUCUCCUCGUCGCCCUCCUGAGGCUGCCCCAGGGAUCAAAGGUCACCACUCGGAAGCAUCCGAACCCUCCGCGAUCAAUGUCUCCGUUGUUACUUGUCAGCGCGACAGUCACUUUUGUGUCUCUGGUCCGAAGGGGUUGAUUCCGAUAGAUUUUAGUGCAGACGGUUGUUGGCGCCUCCCUCUGUGCUGCGCCCUCCCUAAGCGCUGCCGCCUUGCAGAGUGUGCACCUCAGUUGCUUUCCCCCCAGUCAAGUGUCGCACAUGCACCCCUUUCACACAUGCUUCGGCCAGCCUGGCAACCUUGCGCUGGCGGCACUUCCCUUCCCGGUCUGGUGUGGCGCUUGUUAAUCGAGCCGACUUGUGCAGGGCCUGCGGAGCGCUCUGCCUUGCAAAGCCUACGACAGACCACCUUAGACUUUGGAGGGACUUGGCCCUACAUCGAAGCUCCAAAUGGCCCCAGGCCACCUGGUGCAGGCAGCUGGUCAGAAACUGCCAGCACUGAUUCUGAAGACGAGUGGCUCUGGGUUUGCUUUGCAGUACUUGUACCAGGCCACGCUCCGGAUACUCGCAUGCUGCAACUCAGGUUUCCAGCCACUAUUGGCGAAGCGGUUGCCACCGUUCAGCGAGCUAGGCCUGCAACAGCCUUGCACAGUUACCCACACCUCCUCGAAGCGUCGCCUCAGCCUGUCCAAGGCCACGGCGUCUUUCUGGGCGGUCCUGUCUGGUCAGAUGCCUCCCUCAUUGCUUGCUUUGAUCUUUCUCAGAUAAGGGGAUGUGUCUUUGCCGCACGGGUCCCGCCGUAUUGUGACAGGUACAUUUUCAUGCAGACUGCUCACCUUCCGCUUGAUCUGCAAGUGGACAUCUACGUCGGUUUUUAUGAAGACCCUCUUGAGGACGGAGUAGAGGUGCACAUGUUUCCUGGGGAAACUGUCUGCUUUCGUUGGCCGGCGCGUCCCCGAGGCGCUGUCACGUCCUUGACCCAAAUGCUGCUCGAUUCUGCCUCGUGGCGACACACUCCGCCCUUCCCAAUGCAAGAGCCGGAGGGCGCAUAUUGUGUUGUUGCCGACGCAGGCGAGAAGUUGCUCCAGACAAACACCACUGCGCCUACCAGGUACAGGCGGGAGAUAGCCCCUGUCGUUGAACUUCCUUCUGCUGGCCUGGCUAUCUUCCCUGCGCAACCUAGAGUCCGGGAUGCCGCUAUUGCACGGGUCACGUGUCGUACUGUGCUCGCUGUCUCUAGCCAACCAGAUGGUGCCGCAGAUACUUGGCACCUCGCGCUUUUAGAUUGUAGGGUGCUCUUGACCGGUUGGCAGUCUCUCGAAGUCCAUCGCGGCCUUUUCUCGGCCUGGGAUCUCUUGGAGAGUUUGCGCCACGCCGUGCCAGCAGGAUGGCUGCCACAUCUUGAUGUCGAUCCUGACGCGCAGGGAUUCCUUCCCUUGCGGCCCGGCCAUGUCCUUCGUCUGGGCCUUCACCGGGAUAUACCCGCACCCCUCGGUCCCGCAGCCGAUGUGCUUGCUCAAGCUGUGUAUGCUAUCGAUACGGAAGGGGCUCCAGGUGUUGCUGCCCCUUUCGUUGUGUAUGUGCCCGAACGCACUGCUGACUUCCUUGAAGUCGUUCUGACCCCUGGUUGCGCUGUUGACACAGCCCUGGCUCAGGUUAACGCUUGCCGGGAUACAGCAGCACUCCUCUACUUUCCUGGUCUUGUUGAGGUCUUCCCACAGCCUGACCUGACCUAUUGCGCGGUCCUUGCUGUCACACCCUGGCAGCCACCUGGUUCAUUUGUGCUUUUUGACUGCCGUUUCUGGGACGACAGAGCGUUUGCAGCAGUCGUGCCAGCACGCGUCACACGCAGGACCUUGUUGGCUAUUGCUCAGAUAGACCCUGCUGCUCACUCUUGGGUUUAUGUGCGUGAUUUUCCGUGGCCGCUGUCUGAUGACCAAGCUGUGCGUCUAGCGCACGGAGACCCAGCCAUGAUCACGUCUACUUUGAGCGACAUGCUACAACAGACCGAGGAUUGGCCAGCCGGGUUGCCACCGGGACAUUUUGACAACAGAGUAUGGGUCCUCUGUGACCCGGAGCCCUUUCCCCUACUGUCCCCGAGAGAAGACUAUCGUCUGAACAGUCGGAGUAUUGCCAUUGAACUUGAGGUCGAUGAAGACUGUUUGGUCCUGCAGCCUCCGCAGAAUAUCCUCUGGGACCACGUUAAUGUGGGUCGGGCCUCCGGUGAUGUCCUAGCGGUUCAUGUAAGAGAUAGCCACGAAGUAGGACCCGCCCCAGUCGUCUUCAUCGUAGAUCGCCGGCCCAUCUUCUUGGGCCUUGCAAGCGAAGUUGCGACAGACGGCUGUUUUGAUGUUGCUUCAUUCGUUCGGCGAUUUCAGGGAUCAUGCCCUCCUGGUUGUGACAUCUGCCUUCGCACUCGGGAGACACAUGAGGCUCUUCCUUUAGGGGAUUAUGCUGUUAGUCCGGGUGAGGUCAUAGUGGUGUCCUUUCAACCCGUUCGGUCGCUCCCCUCACCAGCGGGGACCUCCCACGUCGUAGAAAGCAUCGAUGGUGAAGAUCCCACGGACGGCUCCUUCUUUGCACAUGGCCAUGAAGGAGCUGACCCCGAACCCCGUGCUACGCCAGGGGAUGGGGCUGACCCACGGUCCGGGUCUACGUUCGCAGGUCGUACUGCACAGCAUGCUUUCAGCACUUUGGUAAUGCCCUGCCGAUACGAGCCUUUUGAUGCAGCAAUACGACAGGACGCCUUCUUCGAAGCUGCUACCCUCCUCGAGGUCUUGGCAGAGCACCUAGGCGCCCACCCCCGGGAUGGUUGUACUGCUGAUGUCGACCCGGUACCGCUUACUCCUUUCCAAACCAGUGCGGUACAACUCAGUGACAUGCUGCCAAAAGCCGCUCCAGCCGACCAGCCCGACUGGCUGGACUCGGAUCUCCGCUCUCUCAUCUCCGACAGCUGCGUUCCGAAGCACAAAAGAACGUUAUUUUCGCAGAUCCCUAUUUGGCGUGAUGCCCACACCACUGGAAGCCCUGAAGGCAUCCUGGUGUACUCCGACGGGUCUACUGUUGCUGACUCACAACGUUCCCAUGAUUGUGCACCGGGUGCAUGGGCAAUUUCAGUUUGGGUUCGCAACUGUGGAGUUUCUUACCUACUCGGGCACGCCUGUGGUACUACAAGGCCUCCCGAUGACCCCUACCACCUAGGCGAAAUAGGGGAUAGCCCUCUCACUUGUGAGACGCUUGGAGUAGCCUGGGGUCUAAUAUGGGUCAUCGAAUUUGCUCCCGCUUGGAAUGUGCCGGUUUGCUGCAUGUACGACUGCCUCUCGGCGGGCAGGGGCACCUUCGCAGAGGCCCGUACCGCAGACUCCUCCGGCGCUGAGGAGGGUCUUUCCACAUAUGCCACGUACUUGAGACAGCUUGCCUCUCAGCGUGUGCGCCUAGACCAUGAUUAUGUACCCGGGCAUGCCGGCGAUGUCGCUAACGAGUUGUGCGACGAGUUAGCUAAACGGUGUCGAAGACACCUGCCCACCGCCGACCAGUUAUUGCUCCCUGAUUGGCCAGCUCGUGUCUACGGCCAUCCUUUGAAGGCAUGGAUCUGGCUCACAGGUCACGGCACCCACGACCUUCCUACCUUGUUCUCCAUGGAGGAGCCAGUCGCUAUCAAGGGCGUCCUCCUGUCUUUCAACGUACUUUCUAUGUACGACCCCAAGAGCACUGGCGGAACUAGCCAUGGCCCUGGUAUGCGUGUUACAGCCAAACGUGACAUUCUGAAAAGGCAGCUGGAGCAUCUUCAGGCUUUCCUCUUUGGCAUCCAGGAAACCAGGCUCGUCAACACCCAGGUGCUGCCAGACAAAGACUUUCUCAUGUAUCAUUCGGCAUCUGACAGUCCGACCGGACCAUGUGACAGUCACGGGCUUUUCACCCCGACAUAUCACGGUGCAGAUAUCCACGCCUUUCCUGACCUGGACAGUGCUCACCGCACAUGCACCAUCGGAACCUCCUGCUACACCUGGAACUGUGGGUACCAUCUACUUUUGCUCAGUGUCAUGACGGUAGAUUUUGAGGCGCUGCAGGUACACCAGGAUCAUAGUCCUGUGGGACUUCGCCUGGAGUACGCGCAGAAGCCCAAGUCCGUGCACAGAGGCCCAGGCUCUUUUGCCCGAAGGGCCAUCAGGCCGCACCUGGCAGCCUCACCUGCAUACCGUGCCGGCCUAUCGGGUGCUAUCCAGAGCCCCGCGAAUGCCUGGGACAGCCACAUUGAUGCCCAUUACCAGGCUCUCGUGACAAAUUGGGGCUAUGCCGCGUCCUCACUUCGGGCGCCCACCCAAGCACGUCCUGUUCAGGAGUACAUCCGGCCGGCUACCCUUACUCUGGUGCAUUCCCGCCGAGGCUUACGCGAAUACCUCUGGACACAGCGACGUGAGCAGCGUCGUCGUUUGCUCCUACUAGGUUUCGCUGCACUUCUUCACAGCCGCCAGGGCACUACUUUCCCUCCACAAGCCGUUGCGCGGUACAGCCACUGGACGCAUGAGACUCGAUGCAAUAUUGCACAGGUUUCGGACAGGAUCCAUCAAGUCGGGCUCGAGUUACGGUUGGCCGUUCGCCAGGACCGUGCCGAUUAUUUGGCAGGUCUGGUAAAGGAUAUCUCCCUGUCCGAUCUUCGAAAUCCCAAGUCACUUUAUAGAGCAGUGCGGAAGGCCUUUCCCGCAGCAGCGUCCAAGCGACGUCAGUCGUUCCAGCCCCUUCCCGCUGUUCAGGGCCCGGAUGGCGUUCUGGCUACAGACUCUGCACAGCGUCGGGAGCUAUGGCGGGCCCACUUUGCCUCCCUGGAGGAUGGUGAGAAGCUUGAGCCAGGAGCCUAUUCGCAUGCCCUGGCCGUGCAAAAGGCCGACAAUCGUCUGGACGCCCCGGCCUUUGCGAUAGGAGUCGUGCCUUCCCUCUCCAGCAUUGAACAAAUAGUUUUGGGGCUCAAACGGGGAAAAGCUUGCGGCCAAGACGGGGUCACAGCUGAGUUGCUCAGAGCCAGUCCCGCUCUUUCGGCACGUGCCCUGUUACCAGUCUUCGUCGAGAGCGUUUUGGCUGCCCAAGAGCCCCUGGAGUUCAGAGGAGGCACUCUCAUGCCUUUGGCGAAGAAGGCCUCCGCGGCCUUCUCUUGUUCCAAGUUCAGGCCAUUUUACUUUCGUGUGUGCCCAGCAAAAUCCUGCAUAAGCAUUUGCGACAGUGUCUGA